AUGAGUCACUUCCAAGUAGGCCCAACUCAGGCUUCACUGGGCUUAGCAUUAUACGUCCUGGGCUAUGGCGUCGGCCCGCUCCUCUUCUCGCCCAUGAGUGAAAUCCCAGCAUGCGGGCGGAACAUACCCUACAUCUCCUCGUUUUUUAUCUUUGUCGUGCUUUGCUUACCCACAUCUUUGGUUGAUAACUUUGCCGGUCUUAUGGUACUGCGGUUCUUUCAAGGGUUCUUUGGGAGCCCUUGUCUUGCAAGCGGCGGCGCCUCGAUGGCUGAUAUGUACUCCGAUAUCCAUAUGCCACUGGCUUUGACAAGUUGGGUUGCUGCAGCUUAUGGAGGCCCAGCACUCGGGCCACUUUUUUCGGCUUAUUCAGUAGUCCGAGAAGGGUGGCGAUGGGCAUUGUGGGAAAUUCUGUGGAUUAGUGGACCGGUCUUCUGCGUUAUGCUGGUUUUCUUUCCCGAGACGUCGACCGAUACGAUUCUCCUCCGCCGCGCGCAGCGACUUCGCAAGGUCACCGGCAACCCCAACAUUUUCUCACCUUCUGAAAUCUCCCGAGGGGGCCAGGGGGUAUUCUCUUUCAUGGUCUCGUCUCUCGUCAAACCUCUUGAGAUCAUGGCUAAGGAUCCGGCUAUCCUCUUUACCAACAUCUACACGUCUUUGGUAUAUGCGAUAUACUACUCGUUUUUUGAGUCUUUCCCAUUGGUAUAUCCAGUGGUCUACGGCUUUAGUCUUGGGCAAAGCGGUCUUAUAUUUAUCACUCUCGCUGUUGCCUGUGGACUGGGGGUGGUGAUGUACAUCAUUUACCUUUAUACAUACCUUAUGCCAGACCUUAAGGCACAUGGUCAUCGAGAUCAGGAACACCGUCUUAUUCCUGCUUUGGUUGCGUCUAUAUUUCCACCUGUUGGACUUCUCAUAUUCGCAUGGACUUCACGGCAGUCUGUACAUUGGAUUGUAAGCGCGAUAGGCGUCAUGAUUUACGCGAGCGCGGUGUUCAUCAUCUUCCAAUGCAUUUUCGUCUAUAUCCCUCUUGCAUAUCCGCGUUAUGCUGCUUCUCUAUUUGCUGGAAAUGACUUUUCCCGUUCAGGUCUCGCCUUUGCGUUUAUCUUGUUCUCACGGACUGGGUUGAGUGUUUUGGGCAUUAUUGGUAUGCUUUACUUAUACCUUUACGGGGCUAAGCUUCGCUCUCGGUCAAAAUUCGCAGUGGCAGGUGUUCGAUAG